AAAAGAUCUAAUUCCGAUGAUUAUUCUAGAGUACCAGAUAAAUAUAUGCCAAAAAGACCUGCAGAUGGAUAUAGUGUAAAUUCUGAAAGAUUUAUUCAUGCCGAUAUCAUAAAUCCAAUUCCUUCAACCAAUCAAAUUAUGGAAUCUUUAGCUAAUAAUCUUUAUAAAAAAUUGUCUGAUAUGUUUUCAGCAAAACCAGUGCAAUCAAAGAAUAAAGAAACCAGUAUUGAUAAUAUAAAUGAAAUUACUAAAGAUUAA